UGAAUUAGUACGGGAUUCUGCAACGUAAUGAUGGCAAGCGAAGACUUGUCCAAGGCACCUGUGGCGCCAGCAGCGACGAUGGCAGGACCAGAGGUGGAGCUCUUUGAAAAGAAAAUGCCGUCGGCGACCAUUCGAUGGAUCUCGGACGCAGAAGUGUCACUGUGCAAGUCUUGUGGUUUGCUCUUCGAUUGGGUGCGCAGAAAGCACCACUGCAGAUAUUGCGGGCAAGUGUUCUGUGACGACUGCACUCCCCAUCGAAGCUUGAUCCACGAGGAUAAGAUCUUGAUAUCUCCAAACAAGAGGUACCUGUCCGUCAACGCGUUUAGUCCCCAGCGCGUUUGCAAGCCGUGCCACCAUAUUCUCCUACCCGACCAAGCCAUAUUGCGCGAGACGGCGAGCAAUGCGGUGCAACCUAACUCCAUCAAUGAAACGGGGUCGAAGCGCUUCUUCAACAGUCCGUACUCGUUCACGUUGCGCGAAGAAGUGCGCAAAGCUGCGUACAGCAUCAAAAACUUCAUGCUGGAAGGCGUGAUCAAGGACCAGUCGAUUCCUCUCCCGCUGCUCACGAAUGCGCAAGGCAUUGCUUUUCUCACUGUCCUUAAAGUUGGCUUUGUCGUCACGGGCCGCCUUGGCACUGGCCUCGUGUUGUCGAAGCUUCCUGACGGUUCCUGGUCGGCACCGUCCGCUAUUGCCACCGCUGGCAUUGGGUGGGGCGCCCAAGUUGGAGGUGAAGUCACGGACUUUGUCAUGAUUCUCAACACCCGAGCCGCAGUCGACACAUUUUGUGCCCAAGGGCAGGUCAACCUUGGAGCUGAACUCGGUGUCGCCGCUGGACCAGUCGGUCGCGUUGCGGCUGGAGCUGUCGAAGCAGGUCCUGGCGGCAUUGCUCCCUGCUACUCGUACUCGCAUUCAAAGGGGCUCUUCAUUGGGAUUUCGCUUGAAGGGUCGGUCAUCAUGGCUCGGCCCGACGUGAACCGUGAGUUUUACGGCAAAGACGUGACCGCCGCCGAACUGCUGGGGGGUCGAGAGCGACCACCCGUCGCAGCGCAGCCUCUGUACGAUGCGCUGGAAGAAGUUGCGAUGAGCCCUGCAAACGGGUUGAAUCGCAUGGCCGCCAUGUCGGCCGCGCGCUACGCGAUGUCGCAGUCGAUGUCCAUGCCUUCCUCUGCAUCGUCCUCGUCACAAGGAACGCCGUCCAUGAGCAGCAGCGCCGUUUUGCCCCGCAGCACGACCACUCCACGGGCGUCGCCCUCCGUCGCGCUCUAGCAAAAUGUGUGUAGAGAUUGAACUUGGUUAGUACUUUGUGGUUUUAAAUGGAAUGCAGGUUGUACGCGU